UGGAUAAUCAAAGAAAGAGGGAAUGGUGCCAAUGUUGCGCUCUAGAAAAAAGCCUUUUUAUAUCUAAUUAUCUUAAGGAAAAUAAUCAUAAAGAUAUAGAAGAACGUGCAUUGUCAAUGUGUUCAUGCACACAAACAUAUAUAUUUUUUCGUUUGCCUCCAAGCUCUGUCCAAGAGUGAAAUUAUGGGAUUAUGAUAUUUUCUUAACCAUUUACUAUCGCCCACAGUUGAAACCCGCAUCGGAAUUUAGGAAGAGCAGAAGGGAGUGGUUAAUGAGAGAAAGGGAUGGGGAAGCAGAAAGGAUCCAGCCUUCCAACCCAGUCACAGAAAGGGAGAGAAAAAAAGAUUGGUCAUGGUGGGGCUUUGUUGAGAGCAAAGACUGCUGCUACUCUUUGAAAUUUAAGACUGCUUGGUAUCUGCACAAUACGGAUUUCCCCCUCUGUAUGUCUCCCCUCCUCUGCGUGCUGGGAAAACAACAACAACAACAUGAACGCUGUGCAUUAUCGUUUGAACCGUGGCUUACGUGCCUGCAUUUGUAAAUCUGCAGACGUUAAUGCGCAUUCAAUAGGCGGUGGGGUGUGCUUUGUCAGUCUGAAAUCUGUGCUUCCUUUUAUCUAAAACAGAAAAAAAAACCGGACAGAAUCGAGGAAAAACGAGAAGGGGAAGUCCGAGAAGGCCCUGGUGCAUAAAAUCUGAUCCUUUUGGCAUUCUGGAGAAUCGACCAAAAAUGCAAAACAGUGAAGUAAUAAAGCCGGCCAAAUACUUCUCUGAAGUGGAGAAGAGUGUGUUGCUUGCACUAGUUGAGAAAUACAAAUAUGUACUUGAGUGUAAAAAAAGUGACGCAAGGACUAUUGCGUUGAAACAACGGACCUGGCAGGCACUUGCUCAUGAAUAUAAUUCUCAACCAAGUGUAUCACUACGAGACUUCAAGCAGCUGAAGAAAUGCUGGGAGAACAUCAAAGCACGGACAAAGAAAAUAAUGGCACAUGAAAGACGAGACAAGGUAAAAAGGAGUAUUAGCCCACUUCUAAGUAAUCACAUCCUCGGAAAAGACAAGAUUGCCAGCAUGGUACCUGAGCAAGUGUACUUUUUACAGAGUCCACCAGAAGAAGAUUCUGAAUAUCAGCCUGAAGCUUCCAGCCAAGAACCUUUCACGGUUAUAAACAGAGAACUGUGUGAUGAAGAGAAAGAGCUUGUACAUUUCCAGGUAUGCGAAGGAACCUCACAGUCAGAGCCCUCCUGUUCAGCAGUCAGAAUAACAGGCAAUAAAAAUUUUAGAAGCAAGACUGCCCAAGAAAGUGAUCUUAAAAAGAUGCAUGAAGAAGAACACCAUCAGCAAAUGUCUAUCUUGCAGCUGCAGUUGAUCCAAAUGAAUGAAGUGCAUGUGGCAAAGAUUCAACAGAUAGAGAGGGAAUGUGAGAUGGCUGAAGAGGAACACAGAAUCAAGAUGGAGGUGCUCAACAAAAAAAAAAUGUACUGGGAGAGGAAACUUCAAACUGUUACAAAAGAAUGGCCGGUCUCAUCUUUUAACAGACCAUUCCCUAAUUCACCCUAGAGAAUUCAGCAGCCACCAAUAAAUUAGACUGAAGUUACUGACUCAUUAGACGAGAACAAAGAGCAGUUAAAUGAAUCAAGAUUUGUGUUACUCGAUUGGCUGUGAACAAACAUUAAGGGAGAGCUAAGAAAAA